CUAUUAGCCUGACGGACUGAGCGGGAGGAAAGAGCGACUGCGGGCCAGACGAUGAAGGAUCAAGAGCCCUGCCACCCUCUGUAGUAGGAGGGUGAGUAGGUGAGUUUCAACAAUGGCGAGCAAGCCUGUCGUUUUUCUACUGAGAAAUUGGCUUCGCCGUCAUCUGUCGAGCGACGGGCGAGCAAGCAAGCAGUGCUUCGAAAGAGAAAAAGGGUCUGAAUCGACAUCACCAACAAGCCAGGACGACGAUGUCAACGCACCGACUCGAAGAAGCUACGAGCUCCUUUUCGCGCCUCGGCCCCUCGUCAUCGUCUACGUCGGCGUCGUCGUCAUCAGCAAGGGCCGAGGUUACACUGCAGCAGCCACCGCUGGAGCCCGUAGACCGGAAAGAGCGACAGCGGAAGCUGGGCCGGACAUGUGGACGAUGCCGCGCAGAGCGGGCGCAGAUCCUGAUCCAGACGGCGGCCUUUUGCGCUGGCUGCCUGCGGCGCAGCGUCGAGAUGAAGUCGAGGAUGGCGCUCGAGGUCGUCCGCGGUGCAGCACUCUUGGCACGCUGGGAGGCAUGGAGCGCGGGUAGAGAGGAGGCCGGAGCCGAGGCCGGGGCCGAGGCCGAAGUGGUGCUGGGCUGCAGCGGUGGCGUCAACAGCAGGGCCCUCCUGCGACUGGCGAGAAUGGCACUGCUGCCCGACCGUGACCCGCGCUCGCGCAAGCCGAGAGAGGUGGGCAGGAUCGUCGUCGUCCACGUGGACGACAGCCUGCUGGUGCCCGGCGCAAGCGAUCGGACGGCGCGCGUCAGGGCCAUGGUCGAGGCCGAGGGCGGCGAGGAGGCGGGGCUGAGCUUUGUCGGCCUCAGGAUCGAGGAUACCUUCGAAGACGCACGUUUUGCGCGGUCAACGCUGGUGGCGUCCUCGUCGGCAUCGUCAACGCGAGAGAGACGACGGAGGAUCAGAAUGCAGGGUGGCGCGCAGGACGCGGGCGCAGCAGCCCUGACGAGACGCCUCUUUGCGACACUGCGGCCAGACACGACGCCUCGAGGCGCACUGUCCAAUGCGCGCACGCGGGCCGAAGACAUGCGCGAGCUCCUCGUCGGCCACCUGCUCCGGCGCGAGGCGCAGCGGCGGGGCGCGUCUGCGCUCAUGACGGCCGAAAACGCCACGCGGAUGGCGAUCCGCACCGUCGAGGCCGUCGCCAAGGGCCGCGGCCACAAGCUGCCGCUCGAGGAGGCCAACGUGCGGUGGAACGGCGUGGCGGUGCUGCGGCCGAUGCGCGACCUCGUGGCCAAGGAGGUGGCCUUCUAUGCGCGCGCGGCCGGCCUCGACGACGACUGCCUCGCGCCGAGCGACGCCAUCGCCAGCGAGCUGCUCCAGCGGAGCCCGACGACGGUCGCGGGGCUCGAAGGCGCAAACGGCGACAAGGCCAGCAUCGCGCGGCUGACCGAGUCGCUGAUCCACCUGCUGGAGCGCAACGUGCCGAGCACGGUGACGACGGUCAACAAGACGACGUCCAAGCUCGUCUUUGCCGACGACGAGGCCACGCACGGCUACGAGGCCGAGGGCCAGCAGCAGACGCACUACCAGCGCAUCGUCAACCAGGCCAGCGAUGUUGUUGGUGGCGGCAGUGCCUUUGAGCACGUGGGCCCCGCCGUCGCACUGCGCACCAAGACACGAGCCAUCUCGGCCCUCGAGGAGGAGUCGGUCGAGAUGGGCGCGCAGAUCGGCCUCCGGGGGUCUUCGAACCGGCUCCUGAGCCUGGCCCGGUCCUUGCCCCAGUGGUCCGCGUCGCUCUCGCCCGUGGGCGGGUGCGCGCUGUGCGGCAUGCCCCGCCAGCGCGGUCUGCAGGCGUGGAGGCGUGGACUGACAGUGACUCCUGCUACUGCUCUUUCAGAAGAACCAGCUCUGGAAGCGGAUGACAACAUGCAAGUUCAUGGAGAAGGAGAAGAAGAAGACCUCGAGUCACACCUCUGCUACGGCUGCAGCCUCAUCCUCGACCUCGGCGACGACGUGCAGGGCGAGGCAGCCAACAUUGACUUGCCCAUGUUCGUCGCCGACCGCAUCGCAGCGAGCAAACAAGCAGGCCCGCUCACGGAGCAGCUCGCCUCGCUGGAUAUCAAACAGCAAGGGGAAAACGAACAAGAGGGAGUUCAGGGCCAAGGGAACGGAGACCAAGAGGCGCUGCAUUCAUCGACCAACGGCUCUGUGCGCCGUGGCAAGCGGGACGCGCUCGUCAAGGUUGACCGGCGGGCCAUGCGGCAGCAGCUCGAUGGCUUCCUCCUGCCCGAGGAGCCGGACGAGGCGGCGGCCCAAGAGCAACAGCGCGUAGAAGCCGUGCGCAUGGACUGGUGACGCCCAUCGACUCCCUCGGAAAAAUAAAAUAAAAUAAAAAGGCACGACGCGCCAAGAAACACAGGGACGCCUUCUUUUUCUGACAUGGUCCAUCAGACAGGGUGUCAAACAACCGCAAUGGAAGUUGAUUCUCGAAUCUACCGCUUGUCGCUGCUGCUGCUGCUGCUGCUGCUGCUGCUGCCACU